ACCGAGUAUACUUUUCAAAUAAACGAACGUUAAAUAAUUCGAACUUGGAGAAUUUAUGGCGUUUUCCAUUUGUCAAUCAGUGCGCACUGAGUGUAUCGGCAUCUUUUUCGAAAAGCCUGUAACAUAUCAAAAUACCGAACGCACGGGUUGUGAUCUGUUUUUGACAUUGACUUUGAAAUAACUUCAAACUUCGAUAGCCAUUCGUUGUUGAUUUUUUCUUGUAAACCUUAAAUAUUUAAGUUGUUAAAGUUUAUUUGAUUUUUUAAGAAUAAAUAAAAUAAAUCAUGGGGAAGCGCCAGCAUCAGAAAGACAAAAUGUACAUUACCUACACCGAAUGGACAACACUCUACGGUGGCAAAAAAACUGGUAUCCAAUCAAAAGAAGAACAAAACUUCAGAAGACUCCCGUUUGACCACUGCUGUUUGUCUUUACUGCCCUACGAAACUCCUUUUUGUGAUCUAGAUGGCAAUAUUUUCGAUUUGGACCCCUUGAUCCCUUUUCUAAAAAAGUACAAAAUCAAUCCUGUAACUGGUAAACCACUGGACUUUCAUUCUUUGAUUCAGUUAGACUUGAAGCGCAAUGCCCAGGGAGAAUUGGAAUGUCCAGUACUAUUUAAACCGAUUACCAACAGUUCACAUGUGGCUGCUAUUGCUACUACUGGCAAUGUGUAUUAUAUGGAAGCAAUAGAACAGUUAAAUAUUAAGACUAAGAAUUGGAAAGAUUUGAUAAAUGAUAAGCCAUUUGAGAGAAAGGAUAUUAUUGUAUUGCAAGAUCCAAAUAAUUUGUCCAAGUUUGAUAUAUCGAAAUUUCAUCAUGUUAAAAAGAAUUUACGAGUUGAAACUGAAGAGGAAAUUGCUGAUAGAUCAAACUCUCAAGCAAGAUUAAAACAAAUAAAUCCAGAAACCAAAGACACUUUAGCAGAACUAGACAGAGAAUAUAAAGCACCAACAAUUCAAAUAAAUAAAAUAGAGAGCACGGAAAAAGCUGACAAAUUCAAUGCGGCCCAUUUUUCUACUGGAGCAGUUGCUGCUAGCUUUACUUCAACAUCGAUGAACCGCACUUUGGUACAUGAAGCUGCUAUAAGACAUGAAGAUGAACUGAGAUAUGAGAGGGUUAAGAAAAAAGGGUAUGUUAGAUUAUUAACCAACAUGGGUUUGCUGAAUUUGGAACUAUUUUGUGAUCAAGUUCCAAAGACAUGCGAAAACUUUAUCAAACAUUGUGAGAAUGGAUAUUAUAAUGGAACCAAAUUUCAUAGAUCAAUAAGAAACUUUAUGAUUCAAGGUGGUGAUCCUACAAACACAGGUAGUGGAGGAAAAUCCAUUUGGGGUAAAAAAUUUGAGGACGAAUUCAGACUAAACUUAACUCACACUGGACGUGGUGUUCUUUCCAUGGCCAAUUCUGGAAAAAAUACAAACGGAUCUCAAUUUUUUAUUACAUACAGGUCUUGUAAGCAUUUAGAUAAUAAGCACACAAUUUUUGGAAAAGUUGUGGGUGGGACAGAUACUUUAAAUAAAAUGGAACGUAUUGAAGUUGACAAUAAAGAUGUACCCAUUGAGGAUAUUAUUCUUAUAAGAGCACAAGUUUUUGCUAAUCCAUAUGAUGAAGCUGAUGAAAUUUUGGCAAAAGAACGAGAAGAAGAAAUAACUAAAGAAAAAGCAGAGGAUGAAAGAAUGAGAAUUGCUAAGAAAACAUCAUUGGUAGCCUACAAAACUAGUGGAAUUGGAAAGUAUAUUAAUCCGGAAGUGUUAAAAAGAUCAAGUAAACACGAAGAACCUGAAGGAGCUAUUACUAAAAAGAAAAAAGGGUCUAAUUCUUUCAAUUUUAAUAACUGGUAAAUCAAAUAUAUUUUUAAAACUAAAAAGUAUUCAAGUACAUAUAUAUGUAAGGAUUUACAAAUUCUCAUUAUACAAAAUAAAUGUUUACAUUUUACAAUUUCAUCUAAGUGUCUUAACACCUGCGUAUGCAAUAUAGUAUUACUGUAUAUAAGAAAAAAAAUAUCAUUCAGGAAACCAA